UCAUCAUUUGAAACAAGCCUGGAAGUGGCGCUUCGAAACACGAGACGACAGACACGAAUCGACCGGCCCAUUAAUACACUCCAGUACUUUCACUCUCUCUGUUCUUUGGAAAAACGGCAAAAAAUAAAAUUAUAAAUCACGUUGACAUUUAAUAAAGUGCAUACGGCAUAACAGCGCGUGUGCAUGAAUUCUUUUACACUACGGAAGUAGAGUUACUUUCACUUUCAUUUUUUGGAAGUAGAGGCCUGCGUGUCAGAUUGCAUCGUCUAUCACGAUGGCAGCAGCAGUUAAACCCUCUCUGUCCGCUGACCAGUACUCGUGCCCGGUAUGUCUGGAAGUCCUCAAGGAGCCGGUCAGUCUUACGUGCGGACAUAACUACUGCCUGGACUGCAUCAAUGACUACUGGGACAAGGCAGACAAAGAGGGGGCUUACAACUGUCCUCAGUGCAGGCGAACAUUUAACGUGAGGCCAGAGAUGAACAGAAACGUAAUGUUAAAAGAUAUAAUAGAGAAAUUACAAGACAUGGAAGUCGCGGUCUCUCCAUCUCAGCAGUACGCUGGACCUGACGAUGUGCCCUGUGAUGCGUGUACAGGGAAACAACUGAGAGCAGUAAAGACCUGCCUGACGUGCAUGGCCUCCUACUGUGAGACACACCUGCGGCCUCACCGGGAUUCAGAAGCCUUCAAAAGACACAUACUGAAGGAGCCGACUGGAAACCUCGAAGAGAAACUCUGCACGAAACACCAAGAAGUUCUGAAAAUAUUCUGUCGGACUGAUGAGACCUGCGUCUGCCUAAUGUGUGCAGUGACCGAACAUAAAAAUCAUGACACGGUGACCCCUGAAGAAGAGAGAACUGAGAGACAAAGUCAGGUAGAGAAUGAAAUGGCAAAAAUGAAGAAGAGAAUUCAAGAGAAAGAGAAGAAAGUGGAGGAGACAAAGGAAGCCAUAGUGAGGAUUCAGUGCUCUGCAGUGAAAGAAAUACAGGAACACCAGGAGAUUUUUACGUCUUUACUGCGGUCCAUAGAGAAGCUACAAUCAGAGGUCACUGGAGUGAUUAAAGAUCAUGAGAAAAGGGAAGUGACAAAGGCUCAAGAGCUCAUUGAGCGACUGGAGAAGGAGAUCGAGGACCUAAGGAGGAGAGAUACUGAGCUGGCUGAGCUCUCACAGUUAGAUGACCACAUCCACUUCCUAAAGAAGUUCCCAUUUUCCGGUUUCACUUCUGAAAAUGGCAAUUUACCCAACAUCACUUUUAAUGAAGAUUUUCUUCCUGAGACACUGGGGAAGGACCUGGCUGAUCUGAAGGAGAGCUUGGAGAAGAUCAGCAGCUUAGAACUUGUGGAAGUCAGUGAGACAGAUGUCAAUACUCCAGAUUAUGCCAUACAGAAACUGAAAAUUGGAGAUCAAGUUUUAAAAUUUAUCAGUGAGUGCCCCCUGCUGUCUGACAUAGAAAUGGUCCAAGGUUCAAAGGUGGGUAAACCAUGCAGUCUCAGCUGCACCAUUUCCAGGUUCUUCCCUAGUGAACUCACAGUGACCUGGCUGAGGGUCAGAGCAGAGGAUGGACAUCAACCUGUUACUGCAGGAUCAGCUCACUGGACAGCAACAGUGAACACAACCAGGCCAGAGAAGAGAAAUAACACCUAUGAGGUGACCUCUGUGGUCCAAUUCACUCCUAGCCGUCUCAGCGAAGUACAGGAGAUGACAUACAUCUGCAGGGUAGAACAUGUGACCCUUAUGGGAAAGGCCAUUGAGAAGAAGUCUGGCAGAUUGGAGUUAGCUGCUGUUGACAGAAAACCCCAGCUCUCUGAUAUACAGAUUUUCUUCACUGAAUUUAAUCAACCCUGCACCCUGACCUGCAUCGUGUCAGACUUCUAUCCCAAGGGGAUCAAUGUCACCUGGAUGAGAAGACACAAAGAAACACAGAGUACUGACAUGGCAGAGUCAGAGAACUGGAUGGCUACGGUGUGUCACUAUGGACCAACCUUAAGAGAUAAUAAAUACUCGCUGGUGUCUCGGGUCGAGUUCACCCCACAAUCCCUGGAUGACCUGGAGGACAUGGAAUUCAUCUGCAGAGUGGAGCACAAGACCCUGAAGAAGGUGCCUAUUGAGAAGAGCUCCUCUGUGAUUCCUGGUCUGCAGAAGCGGCCAAUUGUCUCAGAUAUUCAAGUGAUUAGUCAUAAUGUUAGGUAUGGCCAGCGAUACAAGCAAUACAAUCUGAGCUGCUCCAUCCAGGAUUUUUUCCCUAAAGACAUCAAAGUAACCUGGAAGUCAGCAACAGGAAGCUAUUAUAAUGAAUACAGUGGUGAAUGCUAUGAUACUUCACUUUGUGUUCCUCAGAGAGGACAACAUAGCUACCAUCUGGUGUACAACACCACUUUCAAUUCCCGGAGUCAGGAAGAAGAUGUGAUCUGUAAGGUGGAGCAUGAGACUCUGAACGGCAUGUGUAUAGAGAUAUGGGCUGUGAACUGGGCCAGGUGAAUGUGUCUGUAUUGUAUGCAGUACUGGGUGAGUUUUCAAGAUUUUCAAAUUAAAAAAUUUAAACCCCAGUAUGUGUGACGUAUGCAUCAGAGAGCACAAAAAAAGGACAUCCCACUUGAAAGUCCUCUACACUUCACCACAUAGCAAUCAUCUUUCAUGUCUGACCUGUCCAGCUCUUCCCCAGUCAACUUGAUGUUUUGAAGCUCCACAUGGAAUUUGACACCUGGUGCUAACAGUCAAGCAGAGCAGCAGCUUCAUUAUUUCUAGAGUGUUAGGUGAGAGAACCUUUAUGUACAUCUCAUCCUCUCCUCUAUUUGAACUUCCAUCAUAACAUGAACUUUGAAUGAGAAGCUUGACCAUGACUGAAGACUCAGCGCAACCUCUUACAUAAUAAACUAAGGAGAAAGGUAAUUUAAUCCAGUCAGAUAUGUCUAGUCUUUGUCUCACUUCGCUAGUCAUAACUGAACUAACAAAAGGAUAUAACCAACAGAGUUUAUAAAGCAAUGACACUGAAGUGGCCACUGGGAGGCAGAGUGUGUUGGUCAUUUUGCCUGCUGCCAUGUUAAACAUUAAAGUCACUGCCUUGUUUAUCUGAUCUUCACUGCUGUUGAGGCCUAAAACUGAGUGGCCUAUAGAUACUCCUCAUUUGGGGCUGAUGGGAUUGAACUGAGUGCUUUAAAAUUCUAACACAUGAACAAAAUUCUAGAGAGUUGGGCUCUAGUAUUUCUUGCAUCUAUACAGUGAAUCUCCAGAGUCUUUGCCACAGCUGACAACAACACACUCACAUUUAUGAAUCACCAAGGAAAGCACAACAUUAUGUUCUCAGAUCCACCUUCUCUAAUUCAGUAUCACUGGGAGUCUUAGCCUGUCCGUGUAGUAUUGGGCAUAUGGCAGGAACAACUGUGAUUAGUUGUUCUAGUUUAUCACAGGGUCAAUGAAGAUGGGUCAGAGAAAUGUAAGAAUUCUCCACUGAGGUAUCAAGCCCAGCAUGUCAUCCUGGACACAAGACUUAUAAUUUUGACAGGAUUUACUAUUUCCACCUGCAGAAUGAGAUUGUGAGUAGCAGUGGACUGGCAGUUCAUUAGCCUCCAGAUCAUAACGUAGACUUUCAAUGCGAAAGGUAGACGACUUAAAAAAGACUGACUGGUAGGUGGUGAGGGAUGAACUUGCUAUAUAACAAUUAUUAAAAAUUUUAUAGCAUAUUUGGGAAUUAAGUGAAACAUCAUAAUUUUGGCAAAUCUUUCCAGCUCUGAGACACUAUUUUCUGAAGCUAUGAGUCGUUUGAAUAAAUGUCACCCGGCGGUAACCAGGACUAGGGCACCGUCACAUUCAUCUCAAGAAUUAUAGUACAGUAAGAAUAGACAGUGGGGGAGGCUCUUUAACUUCUCAUCUGAUGGACUUCUGUGACAAGGACCUCUUCUGGCAUCAAGACUAUGUGCUAGUUUGUCAUUUUACUUUUUUUUUUAAUAUUUAAAAAGGAUGUCCUGUAAAUCAAAGUCAUAUGGUCUGGCUUAAAUUCUGAAAUGUCCACAGAGUUGAUGACUUUAUCCAGUAUGUAGUUUUAACUUAAUCUUGUUAUUAGGUUUGUUGAUGGCAUCUUUUCUCUCAUGUUUUUUAUGUAUUGAUUCUCUCUUUUUUAAAUCCAGCUGUUUAUCCUCAGUGUUAAUGUCAAUGUCAAUGACUCGCUCUAGUAGUUUAUAUGGAGCCCAUGUGUGCAGCUAUAGGCUCACCAGUUAUGACUUAAGACUUUUCUCCUCUCUAGUUCUGAUAUAUUCAUGGUGUCCACUCCUUACUGUUGUUUAUGCCUGCAAGUGGACUGCCUCACCAGAGAUGUAAGUUCUGAUUCCCCUGAAUCCCAGCACUGCCGUUAGUUGAGCCUCAGUCCCAUCAGACCCUGCUGAAGAUCCACAGCAAGAAGCCAUCAUCUUUGAUAAAAUGAAUAGGGCUGUGGUUUGAUUAAAAAUGCAAUUGUGGUUAAUCAAACAAUUACAAUUUUUAAUAGAAAUUAACUGCAUAUUAAUCUCAAUUUAUCACACUUCCUUCAAGCGUAGUAAUAUUUCCCUAUAAAUCAGAAAUAACUUCUAAUAAAAAACAAUUUUAAUAAUCUCUUACCUGUGCAUAUUAAAUUAUUUCAUUUAGUUUAUUAAACAGUUUUGUGUAACAGAAGUAGUGUCCAGUGACCACCAAACACACACAAGGGUUGCUAUAAUAUUUGGGAAAACCAAUAUGUAGGGUUUGGACUGUUGUGUUGCAAGACAACAUCCCAAAAGCACUAACAAGAGUCAACUCUGCAGCUGUUACCAUGAGUUUAGGAGUCAUUAACUAGUUUGAAAAUGUGCAUAGACUAGGUUUGUAAACAGCAAAGAACAGGAUGAAAAAGACUUAUACAUAUGUACCUGAUUGAGUUAUUUAUAUAGAUGUGUUACAUUAUAGGAACAAUGUGCAAUUUAUCAUUUAUGAAUUAUAAAAUAAGGGAUGGAAAUAUCAGCCUGAUCGAUUUGCAAGUAUUUCUUACUCAAGUUCCAGUUCAUAAGACGAAAAAGUAAAGGGAGUUCGAACUUAGGACAGUCUACCCCUACCCAAAUCCUGAACUUAACCUCAUAGACCAGGCAGCAGUAGUAACCUGGAUGCCUAAUCUUAAAUCAGUAACCUGCAUGUACUGUAUAUGCCUUAAUAGGAUAAGCCAAGUUCAAGUUCAUAAGACUAAAAAUUAGGGGGUGUUCACCUUUAAUAGGAUAAGUCAAACUUUUAUUUACUACAAAGUCCAUAAUGCCCUGUGGGAGUCCAGGGCACCAUUAUACUUUAGGGACACUGCCACCUAUCGUCUUGGGGGAAGCAGGGUCUCAAAUUAGUUGCCUUCCACCAUCCUUCCGCUCUUGGGAUGUCCCGGACAGGUUUCAUUGUCAUAUCAUGUUUUCUUUAAUAUGGUAAAUUCCAACUUUUGCAUGGGAAGCUGCAUAUGAACAUUUUAAGCCUCUUUUUGUGCGUACACAAACUUUAUAACUCUGACCCCAGAAGACCCAGACUAUGUCACUUGGGUGGCCUGUCGAAGCCAUGGCUGAGUUCUAGAUUUUCCUGCCUCCCAAGCUGAGCUCUUAAAAACAACUUUUAUAUGUAUGUAUAUAUGCUUUAAUACAUAUGUUUUAUAUAAGAAAAGUGAACUAAAUUAAAAUUGCAAUGUGUCAAAGAAUGUGACAGUUUUCCUGGACAGCAAUGCACUGCACUUUUGGCUGGAAUGAUUCAAGCACACUGAUAAAGGUGCCCACAUUCAAGGUAUUUCCUCAACUUUUCUUCCAGAUUACAGUUCAUGUUUGCCAAGAUGCAUGCAAUCCUGUCUUCACAGAGACUCGGCUAGUCAGUUAUUAUUUCUAUUAUGGAUAGUGGGUGUGAAAUAAAUUAAUUUUGUGGGCAAAUACAAAAUGAAAGAAAUAUUCACCUUGUAAUUCACUUUCAGUUUGGUGCCUUGUGGAGAUUCGCCCAUAGCUUUCAAAGAGUUUGUAGAUUUGUGUCAAGUCUGCAGCAUGUGCACAGGGGCUGCUUUUAGACUAUAAUGUGGUGUUAUAAAUUGCACGGCACAAAGACACCCUUUUAUUUUCAUAAAUCUGUACUUUCUCCUUUUGAGUUUUGUGCAUCUUCUCUCAUAUACUUAGUUUUGUCAGAUUUUGCUUUUUAUAUAUAUAUAUAUUUCUAGUGUGAUUGGCAGGGUGCGUUGGGGGUGGUGGUUUCCCGCCUGAGAUGUGUCAAGGUUCCUUACAUGGAUGGGGAGGUAAGCUCUUCAGUGGCACAAGAAACAGGGCAAAGAUCAUCCUUCCUCAGCCAGGAGAUUGGCAGAAUAUGCCAAUGCAUCAGUGGGUACACUUGCAUCCUGGCAGGGUUGGAUCAAGAAAUGAUACCCGGUUGGGAGGGCAGUGUAAUGGGUGAUAAGGGGGAGAUAACCUGGCAGGAUUACAUGCUUCCCUGACAUGCUAAGUGUAAGCCUUCCUGGGUGAUGUCACCUGUACAGACACCCAUAAGGCAUGCUGGGAACUGUAGUCCUUUAGGACAGUCUUGUCAGGUUCUGUGGGUACCUCCGGGGGUGCUGCAGGGAUUCAUCAUCCCUACUUUAUGGGAGUUCUGAUUGACCUGGAAGUACUUCCACCAGGUUAUGCCCUAGAACUGGAAGUACUCCUGGGUCCAACAUAAAAGAAGAUGCUCAACCACAGCUAGGCAAGUUGGAGUCGAGUGGAAGGAGGACAAAGCACACAUAGAGGGGUUGAAGGAAAGAAAAAAGAGAAGAAUUGUUGUAUUUGUAAGUUUCAAAGCUUUUUUGUAAGGAUUUGUACAAAUAAAUCUUUUUAAUGUACAAGGA